AGAACACAACAGUUCUCCAGUGACCAAACGCCGGUCUUCUCUGGUCACAGGAAACAUCACCUCAGGGCUUUCACAGGAGAGGAGAGGAUCUCUAUGGAAACCAAGUCGGCCUCUUGAACAGCUCUUUUUGAACAGCUCCGUCCAGGAAGAAACAUCCGGAGUAAUCGAUAUCCGGUUGCGGCGGUACUGUGAGGAUAGGGACCUGGAGUAUGGGAUAUUGAUCCCAGUUGCAGUCUGCUUUGACUGAAGACUCUGACGACAGUCCUCUUCUAGAAGGAUUUUGUAUCACAGAUACAAAAGAGGGCAGAAGAAGACAACAGGAUAAAUAUUAUCUAUGAGAGAGAAAGAGAGAGACACACCAAUGGAUCUGAGCGUGCUCCAAGCCCUGGAGAGAGAAAAGGUUCUGGAGGUUCUUCAGAGGGACAAACUUCUGCGGAGCAGAGAGGAGGAAAGAAUCAGGAGACUGAAGUCAGAGCUCCAGGAGAUCAAAAGGAAGGGUGCCAAGAGCUUCUCCAGGCAGUACAGCGAGAAGACCUGCGCCCGCUGCCAAAGGCCCCUGGGAAAGUUCUGGAACUCAGGCUCUGUGUGCCGAGGCUGCAGCCACCGGAUCUGCAGCAAGUGCCGCGUGGGCGAGUCGGCCAUGGAUUGGAAGUGUACCGUCUGCCACGCCUACAGGGAAGUCAAGAUAAGGUCUGGUGAGUGGUUCUUGGAGGAGAGGGCAAAGAAAUAUCCAGCUGAACCAGAUAGACAUGAGACUGUUGGGGAGAAACUACUCAAGUCUUAUCAAAGGUUGAGUCAUAUUUCAGUUGUGCCACCAACCCCUCCACCCUAUUAUGACGGUCCAUCUUUUAGCAGAUAUGGGACGCUGAAGAACUCUAAACCCUUCACCAAGUCUGUGGAAGACCUGAUGGCUUCCUUCACGAGCCAUAUCAAAAAGAUCUCCAAGUCUCAAACUGAUGUGCGAGACUCGGGGCUCCAGGACCUUCUCACGGUGACCAGCCGGCGCCAGAGCUUCUCUGACACAGACAUCAACAAAACCAACAAAUUAACCAAAGGCCCCAGUCUGCCCAGCCUGUUCAAGAAGAACAAGGACAGUGACCUGUCAGGGCCAGAGGAGGACACGUCCCUGGGGUCAGAAUACUCAGGCCAGAAAAGAGGAAGCACCAGCCGCACCAGCACAGACUGCAGUCUGUUUGAACAUGUCCAUGUGACUGGAGACUUGGAGCUCGCCAUCGCUUUCAACGACAUCACUUCCUGCCUAGAGAUUACCGUGAGAGCAUGUAGAAACCUGACCUUCGGGGAUAUCAAGAGAAAGAAGUGUCAUCCGUAUGUCAAGAUCUACCUGUUACCUGACAAAUCUCAGAGUAGUAAGAUGAAGACAACCAUCAAGAGGAACACCACAGAUCCUGUCUAUGAUGAAGUUUUGCAGUGCCAGAUAGAGCGCCCCCAGUUGUCUGGGAGGACACUGCAGGCAUCUGUGUGGCACUCGGGUACUCUGAAGAAGGUGUUUCUGGGAGAGGUCCUGAUCCCUCUGGAGGGCUGGAUGUUUCAGGACAGGGCUCAUUCGAGCUCUGUCUGCUACCCCUUGUGCCCCAAGGUAAAGGGUUCAGAAGGCGGCGUCCUAGAGCAGAGCCGGAGAGAAAUCCUUGUCCGAAUCAAGUUCAGUUCCUUGUCCCAGCCUUCCUGGGUUUGCAAAACAGAUGAGGUUCAGAUUGGACUACAUGAUGAUGGUCAACUGACUGUUCUCAUCACCGGUGCCAAAAACCUACCCACAAAAACAAACAGUAGCCAGAACACCUAUGUGAAAGGGUGCCUGGCCAUCCCCAGGUCCAGUGCCCUGCUCCAGAGGACACAUGUCAUGAAGGUGAAGCCCAGAGCAGGGUGGUCUCAUCAGCUGGUCUUCAGCCGAGUCACGCCCUCUGACCUCCUGGACUCCACCUUGCACAUGGAACUCUGGGACCAAUCCCCCUUCAGCCUCCCAGACCGCCCCAUGGGCGUGGUCAGAAUGGAGCCAGGGUGGCCAUGGCAACUGGCAUUGCAAAUGCCCAACAUGUGGCAUGACUUCCGUCUGCCCGUCCAAGUCAACAUCAACGUCUAGCAGAACACGGCGAUGUCAGAGUCUACGGACGCACAAGCCCUGGGGGGUGCUCCAUCAACGUCGAUUAAGGAAAAGCAAGACUUAUUUCGCCAAGUCUCGCUUACUUCAGUGAGAGUUCCGUUCCAUUAAAGGUGGCUGCUCGCUAGAGCCUGCUCCGUGUCAGGCUAAAAGUCGGGCUAAACCAAGAUGUGUUGCAAAUAAUCUCAAACAGGCAGAAACACAAUGACAAAACACAAACACAAAAGACAGUUCCGUCGAGUAAAUUCCUGCGCGCAAAGUACUUUGUCGGAAACAUAAGUGGAGACUUUUUGAAGUGCAGACAUGAAUUUACGUGUUUACUUCAUCUCCAAAGAAAGUAUUAAUUUAAAUAAACAAGUUAAGAAAUAAUGUCACUUUAACUGUUUCAAAAGCCAUUGGUUAAUUGACAUAAAAUAAGGUCUUAGAAACUAAGCAGAGCGUCUAGACAAGUUACAAUCAAUUAUGGCGUAUCCGUUCUUUGACAACCCUGUGGAUGAAGGUGCUCAGAUUAUAGAAAGAGCGUUUAUCACACCAGCCCCAAGGGUGUUCAGAGACAGAAGUAAUGCUUCCCUGACCAGUAUAUGUGGAAGAGGUAUAGGUUCAGCAGGCCCAGCAUAGUUUAUCUUGAUAGAUUUUAUUGUCAGUCUUAAAAAAUAUAUAUAGAAAAACACUUAAAGAUGGCAAUUAACACAUAAGAGCAGCCUACCAUCCUUCGUAGAAAGUAGUAGAAAGGAGAGUAGUAGACUAUAGUAGUAGAGGGUAGUAGACUGCAGUCUAUGUAGGUAGGCCUAGACCAUGUAGUCUGCUGGAAUCACACACAAGGAAGCAAACUCACUGUAGCCAAGCCUUGACCACUGUUCAGUCUGUCUGCAUCUUUGUGUGUCUUUGCAUGUGGGACAUUCUUGAACAGGGUUGGUGACUUAAAAAGGUUUAGCAAAGGCAACUAUGCCAGGAAAUAUGAAGGGUAUACCUUGCUCCAAAGCAGUACCUGAAUAUUAUCAUCAGUUUUCCAGGUAAUCUUGAAACACAAUCUUGAAUCAAGGAGACUUUUUAUUCAAUUGUAUAAAGUAUUUCAUUGUUUAAAGUAGCCUAUAUGUUGACCAGCCUCUAUAUUACUUCAUCAUCUCCUUCUGGCUUCCCCAAUAUUAUAGGUGCAAUAUACUGUCCCGAUGGGUGUAUCCAGGCUCACCAGAAGCUUCAGGGGGUGACUGCCUGGUGCCCCCAGGGUUGAAAAAGCGUUUCUAAAAUGCCCUCUAGAGUGGCAAAAAUUAGACCAAGUGCCCUUCUGUCUGCCAUUCACAUUGUGAAAUAUGCUUGAGUGCAAGGGCGUAGGGCGUAGGUUUGCAUAAGGUCCAUAGGGACUAGUCACAACCAAAGUUUGGGGAAGACACAAUUGUCCCCACCAAUAUUUUGUUAAUUUUCGAAGAAAAUAUUUUUCUCAAUAUAUUUGCAAAACUCAUUCCUAUUAUUAUCUGUAUUAUGUUUGUCGCCCAGAAAAGGGAAAAAUACAUUUCCAAGUUAACCAAUACGCCCUCGAGCCUGCGAGACAAGAUGAUGACAGUUUUUUUCAAAUGCUUACACAAUUAUUAUUAUUUCUUUUCAAAACUUAACACACAAAUCCAACAACUGCACACACAAAAUGCAAAAAAACUCGCUUCUCUUGCAAAAUGAAGCACUGCAUUCAAAAUAUCACAAGCACGUCUCAAAAUCACACAUUUGUCUCAUGUUGCAAACACUUUUGCCAUUAUAUUACAUUUUUGGAUAUAUCAUAUACACACAGUUAUUCAAAAUCUAAAGCUCUUCUUUCAUGAGCUCCUUUGUACAUUUCUGUACAAGAUUGAAAGUAAAUUGCAGAAAUUAUGAAAAAUUCAUGGUAAACAUGAAAACAAACUUAUUUUUUUACUAUAAGCAUUUGCGGUUGUGAAUACAGUAUUACACAGUACAAAAGAAAGAGUGUAGUAGGACAGUAAUAUAUACUAUUAUCUACAAUAUCGUCAGAAUGUCUUCUUACAGUCACUGUACUGUUGCACGGUAUGAUACAGCAAUCCACCAAACUGUGACCAAUCAUGCAGUGCACUGCAGUUAAUGGAUGCAUGGGUGCUAAAAUAUAUGUUUGUGUAUAGUAUACAGUGUGUUGUGCUGAAACAGCUAUUAUGUGUAAAUUUCUCGUGUUUGAAAAAGGAAAUCAAGAUGCUUCCUGUUAAAAUGUUGUGUUUGAAAAAGGAAAUCAAGAUGCUUCCUGUUAGAAUUUUGUGUGUUACGUGGAGAAUUGUGUGUUGUGUUUUGCAAAAAGUGUUUUAUGAAAUUGAAAACUGAGUCAAAGGCCAAAAUGUGCGUAUGGUUUUGCAGAUUUGAGGUGUGGUUCUGGUGUUUGAGUGUCAGGUUUCAGAAAUUGUGUGAAAAGUAAGAAAUUUGUGUAUAAGCAUUUGAAAAAAACUGUAAUAGGUUGAAGUGGGAGAUGUCAAACACUUCGUGAAUCGUGACUUGCAGAAAGAGAGCUGGCAUUAGUCUGACACGGCAAGCUACUAAAUACGCCAGGAAAUAAAAGCCUCAUAUUAGUAUUUCGUUUGGUCUCAGCAUUGAUAUUUUUUUACCCUUUUGUGUUUCGUAGAU